CUUGUGGGUGAACUCAUCCGACCGCUUGCAACCGGAACCAAAACCAAAUCGUUCAUGAGCAAUCCAAAUCAAGUUGAAUUUUGGUGAAACCUAGUCGAAACAUAGUCAUUGAUGGAUUUGGAUUCGACUUGCAAAAAAUCGUUUACAUUCACAUGAUUUUAGGGAGGAAGACAGAGAAAACCCCGAGUCAAACAACAAUCUACGCAAGCCAAAGACGAACUCGCACCAAAUCCAUGGCGUCUACUGCAGCUGCUCCUGAGAGUCACAAUCCCAAGCUUCCAAAGGUCAGAGAAGAUGGAGAGCUGUCUUCAUCGGACGACGAUGGACAUCCGAGUGGCCCAGCUGCACCACUUACAUCCAGUUCUGUUCCAAUUGCACCAUUACCCUUAAAAACAUCUCUGCAGGGUGUCAACACAGGAAAAUUGAGGUCUCGAACAAUUUCUGGUGGAUCUGCACAUGUACAGUCCCAAACACCUUAUUGUAAAGGCUUUAGUAAGAACCAAGUUCCAUUGAAGUCAAGUAAUUCUGGAUGGCGUGCUUCUGGUACAAAUGAUAAUCUUGUAAUUAAGUUCUCAGAUGACGACGAUAGUGGUAGCGAUGAUGAAGAAAGAAGUAGAGAAAAUCCCUUGGUGUUUGGUAGACCUCCACUUGCUCUAAACACCAACAGAAGGCCACCUGUUUUGCCACAUGUCAAAAUGCAGACUGUUAGUCAGGCUACAAAAAAUGAAAGAAAGGUUAUCCCCCGAAAGGUGUCUUCAAGUCGCACUUUUAAUUUAUCUGCAACUAAAACCCUUGAACACAGUGUUAGAAGUGGUGCAUCUGCAUUAGUCGAUCAGAGAUCUCGGUUUAAGAAUUCCAGUGCCGCUGUAAGAACUUUAGAAAACACAGAUGCUGGAUGCAGCAAAAACUUGAGUAUGAGCACUAGCAAACUGGAGGACCUACGCCAGAAGAUUGCUGCUCGUGAAAACGAACUAAAGCUUAAACAGGUGCAACAUAACAUGGAAAAUGUCGCUGAGCCUUGUAGGGAUCCCAAUUUGAUGGGCCUACGAAAAGUCUUUUCAAGCAAAUGUAAGUCAGUACCUGUCGAUGUACAGACUCUACCUAAGGAGCCUGAUAGGAAACGCUUGAAAAAAAAUGCUUCUGGUGUGGCUGUCAGUUGCAGCUUGUCAGAUUGGAUUUCUUUGCCAAAAAAUGCUGCAUUGUUGAUGAACACUACUCCUACAGAUCCUCUAGAAAGAUCAAUGUCAAAGCAUCCAGGUGUCAUUAGCGAGAUUCACCCAUCAAGAUCUGCUCCUAACCAAGAUAUACAUGAAAGCAAUAUGAGCAAGAUGCAUUAUGAUGCUACACCUGUUCUCAAGAGCGCCAAGUUUUCAUCUGAUAGUGGCUUGCAGGCUCACUGUCUACAAGUAUCAAAUAGCAAGCUUGGCAGUCCUGAUGUUUCUCCAGACAACACUAGUCUCUUACUCCCCUUGGGAGGGUCCACAACCAUGACAGGUAGUGAGCUGGAUCUGCAAUCUCAUUUCGAACUUGAGGAAUUACUAAAUAAGGAGCUUGAAGAAGCACAAGAGCACAGGCAGAAAUGUGAAGUUGAAGAAAGAAAUGCUCUGAUUGCUUAUCGAAGAGCUCAGAGAGCACUCCUUGAGGCUAAUGCUCGAUGCACUUAUCUUUAUCGAAAAAGGGAACUAUCUGCAGUUCAGCUUCGUUCUGUUCUGAUGGAGGAUUCCAAUUUCUUGUACUCUUCUAGGAAGCAUCAUGAAACCGAAGAGAAAUGGAAUUUCACAAACAAAUUUCCUGAAUUUUAUUUGGAUUUAAUUCCAUCAAACCAUCAAUGGGGAGAGUUCCAAGCUGGUAACCAAUUAGGUUCUGAUUCAAAUGUUCCAAGUGCAGAUGAUGAUGCACACAGAUCAUCUGCGCAUGAGGAUGGGCACAACUUUGGAUCUGAAGCUUGCAGUGAACCUGAUGCUAGCACAUCAGAGCUUGUUCGUGAAAGUAAUUUUGCUGCUAAUGGCAUACGUUCACCAUCUGUUGAUCCAGUUUUUUCUCCAGAUGAUGAUUAUGUGAUCUUUCCCCUGGACCAUAAAUCUUUGAAUGCCAAUGUGUCAUGUCCAAGAUCUAAGAAAACUACUAAAGAAAGUGAGAAGGAUAUGGAUGUUGACUCAGCUACAAAUUUUUCUAAAGAUGUUUCCCAGGAUUUAUUCUCUCUUGAAGAGUAUCUUAGAUCUAAAUUGAUUUCACGGCUAAGUGGGAGUUCUUUAAAAUGCAACGGAAUUGGUCAUAACAAUGAGUCAUCUGUGGAGAGGGCUCUUGAUGAAGGUGUCACUAACGCAAAGAAUCAGUUGGUAGUGCCCAGUGUUUCGCUUUCUGAUCCUAAUGUCUCUGCCACCGAAUGUAAAGACGGCCUCAAUAUGGUAGAAGUCAGCAUAUCUAACCUUCUCAAUGAAGCAGAUGUCAGCAUAUCUAACCCUCCAUUCAACAGUCAAAACCGGCAAGUGGAAGAGCAUUUCUUAAAUGAUUCUUCUACCCCAAGUUUUUACCCUGGAGAAUGUGGACUUUUUUCUGAUAUUGCAUCAACAUCAAGUAUUUCAUCAUCUGCUGUAUUUAAGAGCGUAAUGAAGGCUAUUGGUCCAUUUAUGUUGGACAGAAUGCAGAUUAAUGACAACAUUCUUUCUAGACACAAUCAGGAUAAAUUAUGUUCCAAGAUGACGACCUCUACUGAACAUCUUGUACUCUGUGCAGAUUAUGUUAGGAUUGACUCGUAUACCUGCAAAUCUGUGAUUGAUCCUUUGUGGCCUUUGUGUAUGUAUGAACUUCGAGGAAGAUGCAACAAUGAUGAAUGCCCUUGGCAGCACACAAAGGACUAUUCUGAAAGUGAUGAUUGUCAGUCUGGCUUGCCAUCAGAUCAUCGGAAUUUGAAAGGCCAGACAGGAAUUUCUUCUGCCUUAACACCCCCAAGAUAUCUAGUUUGCUUGGAUAGUUUGAAGGACGAGUCACAUUCAUUUGGUUCUCUUAGUGCUUGUUAUUUCGGGUCAUUUGGGAAAAGUGUUCCCAGUCGUUCUUUGGCUGUUUCAAGCUCACUCUUAAAGCACAUCCCAUCAGAUGAACCUUGUUUGGAUGGCAAUGGCGGUUAUGUUGAGUCUUACAGUGGCAGUGGGCAUUCAUUGUAUUAUUAUCAGAGUAGAAACACCACUGGGAAUGUUCUGCGUAAUGGUUUGGCUGGUAAUGAUCUAUCACUUGAAUUGGCGCUUGUUAUAUUAUGUCAGGAGGCGAUCAAAAUUGAGGGUAUGAAAAAGGCACUUGUUGUGCUUUCUCGAGCUCUUGAAGCUGAUCCUUCAUCAUUUCCUAUGUGGAUCAUAUAUCUGAUCCUGUUUUAUUCUACUAAGUACUCAGCUGGGGAUCUCAACAAGGAGAAUUCAGUUCAAGAGGACCUUUUCUCUCAUGCUGUCAAGCACUCUGAGGUAUCUUAUGAGUUGUGGCUUUUGUACAUCAACAGUCGUUGUCAACUUGAUGAGCACUUAGCUGCAUACGAAAGAGCUCUCUCUAGGCUUUGCAACUAUGGAUUUGCUAAUGAUGGACAAUGGAUACAUCGAAGUACUUCUAUCUUAGACCUGUCUUUGCAGAUGCUGUACUGUUUUUGUGUGUCUGGGAAUUCCGCAAAGGCAUUUCAGAGAAUACGCAGACUUGUUUACGCUGAUGGAGAUUCUGAUGAGUCCCAUUCUCUUUUGCUUUCUGAUAUUCUUCAAUGCUUAACGAUAUCUGAUAAAUGUGUCUUCUGGGUUUGUUGUGUGUACUUAGUGAUCUACAGGAAACUACCUGAUUCACUGGUGCAGCAGCUUGAAUUUGAGAAAGACAUUUCUUCGAUAGAGUGGCCAUCUGUUGACUUACAAGUUGAUGAAAAACAGCUUGUAUCCAAGCUGAUGGAAAAGGCUAUUGAUUCUGUUGGAUUGCUUACAGACAACAUAUCUCUUGAGAGUAGCACCCUCAAUUCAGUCCAUCUGUUCGCAGUGAACCACAUUAAGCUUUCAGCAGCAGUAGAUGGUGUGGAAAGUUGCAAGAUUGUACUAAAGAAGUACCAGAACUUAUAUUCAUCUUGUUUAGACCUCAUUAUACUUUCAGCGAGAGCUCAUGAUUUUAUUGGUGAGAGUACAAGUUUGGAGAAGUUUGAGGAAACAGUGAACAAGUGGCCUAAAAAUGUGUCUGGAAGUCAAUGCAUAUGGAAUCAAUAUGCUGAACAGGCUUUGAAGAAAGGCAGACCUGAUAAAGCAAAAAAAAUAAUGGAUCAUUGGUUUCAGGUGUCUGGGUUGUCUCUAUUUUUCCAUAAUCAUUCAGUGGAUGGAGACACUAAAAGACUAUUGGCAGAUUCUCUUUCAGGAUUGAAUUUAAGUAAUCAUAUAUCCCAUUGUAGCAAUGUGGAUCUUGUUUUUGGUCUUCUUAAUUUGUCUUUGUAUAAAUUGUUCCACAAUGAUGUACUAGAAGCUCACUCAGCAAUUGACAAAGCUCUGAAGGUAGCUGAUACUGAAGUAUUAAGACAUUGCAUAAUGGAGCAUGCAUCAUUUUUGUUUAACAAUGGAUCUCAUCUGAUGAAGGAUGUUUCUGUUCGUGGAAUUAUAGACAUUCUAAAAGGUUAUAUCCUUCAUGCAUGGGCUAUUCUUGAUGUGGAACCAUUGACCAGAAAAUUUAUUCAAGAUAUCAAAAAACCUAGAACAAGGCAGCUUGUUCGCAACAUACUGAGACCAAUUACACCUGAUUCUUUUCUGGUUAAUUUGGUUCUUGAAAUUUGGUUUGGUUCAUCUUUGUUGCCCCCAAAAUUUGAGCAGCUUAAAGAUAUGGUGGAUUUUGUCGAAGCUAUGCUUGAAGUUUCACCAGGCAACUAUCACCUUGUGAUUUCUGUUUGCAAGUUGAUCUGCGGAGAUUCUUCUUAUGUUGGCAGUUCCAAAUUUGCCAGUGUGUUAUACUGGGCAAGUUCGUUACUAGUUAAUACCAUCGAUCAAGCCUUUCCAAUCCCGCCAGAGUAUGUGUGGUUAGAAGCUGCAGAUUUGUUGGUUAAACUAACAAAUGUGCAGGAAAUCCGAGAGAGCUUCCAUCAGAGAGCCUUGUCAGCCCAUCCAUUUUCCAUCAACUUAUGGAAGUCCUUUCUUAACUGUUCAACCAACGCCAGCAAGAGGAAAUCUGUUGUUGAAGCAGCUAAAGAGAAGGGUUUAGAGCUGGAUUAGCAUUGCUUGACAACUAAAAUGAAAUGUAUUGACCAAUGGUUGAGAAUAUGUGAAUUUUGUAAGUUAACACAUUUUUGGGUUAGUUAGGCAUGUUGAACAGUAUAGACAAGAAUAGAAUGCUGUAAGGAUUUUGGUGUUGUAGAUGAUAGCAGGGAGAGAAAGUUGAUAGCAGGCACAGAAAGUUACAGUACUAUGGUUAAGAAGAAAAUGUUUAGUAUGUACCUUACACCAGUUGAGGCCAUUCAACUUGGCUUAUAAUGUACUGGAUUAAUAUACUUGUAA